AAUGCUAAUUUGUACAUAUCUUUGAUUCCAUUUAAAAUGCAAAACUAUGAGUCAUAAAGUGUAGGAUUUGGUCCACUGUACAUUUCAUGUACUGUAUUUUGGUUAAUAAGGCAGUUGGUCAAGGGUCCACAAACCUAGUUGCCCCUUCCCUUUCUUGCUUAUGCAGAAAAAUUCCCCUCUUGUGAGUUCUCUGUAGAGAACAAGAGGUUUAUCAGUGUAGCAGGCUGAGGAUCAGUCCUGCUUCCUUCUUGAAUUUUGACAGAGGUGAACAUAUUGCCACAGAAGACACAUUUUGAUUGUGUAUUUACAAGUGCAUGAAAUGUGAUCUAUGAAUGAAUGGUGGGAUAUAAAUGUAACUAAUAAAUAAAAUAAGUAAAAAAAAAUUAAUGACAACUACAACACACAUGUUUGCAAGUGCUCCAGCUUUCUAAAACAUGAAUUGAUUACCCUUUUCACAGAGCGCUUGAAGAUUAUAGCAGUGAAGCAACAAUUAAAUAUUAAUUAUACUGUAAUUGUAAUCUUGUGGCUUUCCUGCAAAAAUAAUUAGUCAUAACCUUUGUCUCAGACAGUUAUGAUGAUUAUUUAAGAGAAGUCUGUAGAAAAUGUGCAAAAAGGUUAUCCAGAGGGAGAUUUAUGAAAAUAAAUUAUAAGCGAAAAUGUUUCACUUGUAAUUGACAAAAAAAUUGGCAGAUGGUUUUCUGUUCAGCUGGAGAAUGUUUGCACAUGAUCCUUCAUGGAUAAGGUCUCUAGUAAGCAACUAGUUUUAGUGUGUGUGUUUUGGAAGAUAUUUGGGGAGGUAGGAGAGAAUGAAGGCACCUGGCCACAACUGCUGCUACUUCUGUGUACUUCUCUCACUUGCUGAUUAAGUCAAAUCUAGUGCCCCAUUUGAUUAUGUUGAAAGCAACUAGGGGUAUUUGUGGAUCUGCAUGGGAGAGUGUUUGCUUACUGAUAUUUUGAUGAUUGGUUUGUUUGUUCACUUUAUGUAGCAAUGACAGUGUCUCAUCUGUGCAAUUAGUCAAUAUGAAAUAUUUUGGAUGAAGAGCAAGAGGGAUGUUUUGUCAGAGGAACUAUUUACCCUGCCAAAGGAAAGCAAACAAAAAGCACUUAAGAUCUGGCAUGUUAUGAAUGGUUUAAAAUGUAUGAUGUCAGGAGAACCCAAGUGGCAGGACAUAGUAUUUAUUUAUAUCUCAUCUUUCUGACCAUAGUAUCCAAGACAGUUAUUUGUUUUUCCAUUGAGGUGGUUGUUAAAUAAAGACAGUACUGUAAAAGUAUUUUCUAGAAUGAAAAUAUUUCUGUCUACAGUGGUACCUCGGGUUACAAACACCUCAGGUUACAAACUCUUCAGGUUACAGACUCCGCUAACCCGGAAGUAGAACCUCAGGUUAAGAACUUUAUCUCAGGAUGAGAACAGAAAUCGCGUGCUGGCGGUGCGGCAGCAGUGGGAGGCCCCAUUAGCCAAAGUGGUACCUCAGGUUAAGUAUGGCUUCAGGUUAAGAAUGGACCUCCGGAACUAAGUUUGUAACCAGAGGUACCACUGUACUCAAAACUGAGGUACCACUCACAAGUAACUAUAGCAGAAUUGUAAAUAAGCCCAUGUAUGUUACUGACUUGCAGCUUAUUCUUAAACUUAUCUGCUGUUUCCCUGCUGGCCAUGCAGGAGGUCCCCUCUUCAGCAUCUAGCAUGGAAAUGCAGGCUUUGAGUCUUUUGACCUGCUAAUUUAAAAAGUUCUCUUCUACCAUGAAGGAAUCUUGCUUUUCUCCACAGCUAGCGCAGAAACCAAACUUGCAGGGGAGGAAAAGAAGAAAUAGUUUGUUGUCCACUAGCACACUCGCCUCAUCAACAUGGAAUUCCUUGUUAAACAUAAGACUUAGCUAUAGACACAUCACUAGCUUAGCAGUAGUGUGGUGUAAUUUGCAAAUAAGAUUGCUGUGUAUUUUAAGAGUUGACAAGCAUUGCUGCUUUUCAGAGCACUGAUGCUGAUGUGCCAUCAAUAAAAUCUUGACAACCAUUGCUUGCUUUUUUCCUGGUUUUCUCUUAAAAACCUCUGUUUUACAGGAAACACUAGUGACUCAAGAUCAUGGCAACUAUUGAGGAAUUGGCCCAUCAAAUUAUUGAGCAGCAGAUAGGGGAGAUAGCACAUUCCCAAGGAUCUGUCACACAAACACUAAUGGAUGGGACGGCACAAAGAAUUCAGAUUGUUCCUGCUGAUACAGGUCUCUCCUUACCCCAGCGCAUACAGAUUGUCACAGAUCAGCAGACGGGGCAGAAGAUUCAGAUUGUUACAGCACUUGAUCAGACUGCAACAGGCAAGCAGUUCAUAUUAACAAAUCAUGAUGGUUCUACCCCAAGCAAAGUGAUCCUUGCAAGACAAGAUGCCACUCCAGGAAAGGUUUUCCUAACAACUCCAGAUGCUGCAGGAGUCAACCAACUGUUUUUUGCAUCCCCAGAUAUAUCUGCACAACAUUUUCAGAUUUUAACAGACAAUUCUUCCAUAGAACAGACCCUAAAUAAAGUAUUUGAUCUCUGUGUUGUUUGUGGAGACAAGGCAUCAGGACGCCAUUAUGGAGCAGUGACAUGUGAAGGAUGCAAAGGAUUCUUUAAAAGAAGCAUACGAAAGAAUUUAGUGUAUUCGUGCCGUGGGACAAGAGACUGUGUGAUUAACAAACAUCACAGAAACAGAUGUCAGUACUGUAGACUUCAGAGAUGUAUUGCAUUUGGAAUGAAACAAGAUUCUCCACACCCUUUUGUAGCUGUUCAGUGUGAGAGGAAACCUGUUGAAGUAUCACGGGAAAAGUCUUCAAAUUGUGCAGCUUCUACAGAAAAGAUUUAUAUCCGAAAAGAUUUGCGGAGCCCACUUACAGCCACUCCAACUUUUGUAACAGACAGUGAAACAGCUAGAUCAACAGGAAUGUUGGAGUCCGGAAUGUUUGUGAACAUUCAUCAGUCUGGUAUAAAAAAUGAGCCUGCAGUGUUGAUGACUCAGGAUAAGGUUGAAACAUGUCAAGGAGAUUUAAGUACUUUAGCAAAUGUGGUCACAUCAUUAGCAAGUCUAAACAAGUCCAAAGACAUGCCUCAAAGUAGUCCUGAGCUGUCCAUGAUAGAAAGCUUAAGCAAUGGAGACACAUCAUUGUCUGAACUUCAGCAAGAUGAACAUGCAAAUACUGAUAUUACAAGGGCAUUUGAUACUCUUGCAAAAGCACUAAAUCCAGGAGAGAGCACCUCGUGUCAGAGUUCUGCAGAAAGUAUGGAAGCCAGCGCACGUUUGGUUGGUGAAGAAGCCAGCAUGAAUAUUGUUGAAAUAGAAGGCCCACUUCUGAGUGAUGCUCAUGUAGCUUUCAGGCUCACCAUGCCUUCCCCUAUGCCUGAGUACCUGAAUGUUCAUUAUAUUUGUGAAUCGGCUUCCAGGUUGCUCUUCUUAUCUAUGCACUGGGCACGUUCUAUUCCUUCCUUCCAAGCUCUGGGGCAGGAUAACAGCAUAUCAUUAGUGAAAGCCUGCUGGAAUGAACUUUUUACACUUGGUCUUGCACAGUGUUCACAAGUAAUGAACGUAGCAACUAUAUUAACGGCAUUUGUUAAUCACCUUCAUAGUAGUUUACAACAAGAUAAACUGUCAGCAGAUAGAGGAAAGCUAGUGAUGGAGCAUAUCUUCAAACUGCAGGAGUUCUGUAACAGUAUGGUGAAGCUUUGCCUUGAUGGUUAUGAAUACGCUUAUUUGAAAGCAAUCGUCCUCUUCAGCCCUGAUCACCCUGGCUUAGAAAACAUUUUACAGAUCGAAAAAUUUCAAGAAAAAGCAUAUAUGGAAUUUCAGGAUUAUGUAACAAAAGUAUAUCCAGAUGAUACUUACAGGCUGUCUAGGCUGCUUCUCAGAUUGCCUGCUCUGAGACUGAUGAGUGCUGCUAUAACGGAAGAACUGUUUUUCGCAGGACUAAUUGGAAAUGUUCAGAUUGACAGCAUCAUACCAUAUAUUCUAAGAAUGGAGACUGCAGACUAUAAUUCUCAAAUAAUUGGUCAUGCUGUAUAAAAGUUAAAACCACGGAUUCUAUACCAUGGCAAUCAUGGUAAUUGUAAAUGUACACUAUCUCCAAGAGAUAACAAGUUUUUCUGUGCAAUUUUAACAAGAAAAAUACAAGAAGGUGCAGCUUCCUCAUUACCAACACAUUCUGGAAACACAGUAGACUAUCUUGACUGGUGCAGGAUGAUUUACCUUUUAUCUGGUUUUCAAGAACUUUGUAUAUUGCUUUAGAAUCUAAUGAAAAUCAAGAAGAGUAGUUCAUCUUAUUUUUGUAGUUUAGCUAUACGUGGAACAUGACUAUAACGAAUUCUAAAAAAUGUAGAAAAACAAGCCUUUGAUAAUGGAAAAACUUCAUCGAGGCAUUUCUAUGUGAUACUUUAGAAACAAAAAAUAAACAUUCUUCCCAAUGCUGUAUUUUCAGUAUCUUGUUUCUACAAAUUCAUUCUUGUCCGUUUGAUGUAAGUCUGAAAUCCUGAACAAGGCAACUUAUUUCUGAUGUGACUGAGGGUUGCAUCCCAUGUUAGUCAUACUCGGAGUAGAUCCGCUGAAAUGAAUGGACAUGACUAACUUCAAUUUAUUAAUUUCAGAGGGUAUAUUCUGAGUAGCCUAGGUGGAUAGUAAACCCUGGACUACAAAGCUUUGGAUAUAUUUCCAGUAGCUUUGGAUGGAACUUAAAACAUUUUUAUUAGCCAACUAGAAUUUAUUUAAAUUGAAAAUUAAUUACAGAAAAGCUGGAAAACUGGCUUGAAAGCCUUUUAGUGCCCCAAAGCAAUGAUUAUAUUUAGUUUAACUUGAGUCACAAAUAGUUGUUAUGUUCAGAGUUCUAUCCGCUGCUAAUAUGAUUUAGAAGUAAAAAAAAUUCUAGAUACCUUAAAUGUAUCAGAUAAGUAUUGUGUGUUAUUUCCUGAGUCCUGUUAUAUUAUUUACAUAUGCAAAUCAGUUCACCAGUGCCAACUGGGUAUUUUUAGUAAUAUUUGUGCUCGUACAUCUAGCUAGGAAAUUGGUUGAUUAUAAGCAUUAAGGUGCACAUGAGCAUAUGAGCCAUCUCGCACAAACUUACCAUUCAUAUUAGAAUUGGAUUUCCUUUAGCAAUCCUGUCUUUUCCUGAAGGUUGAAACAAGUUUCAAGUUCUCAUAUUAAAUUCAAAUAAGACUAGAAAGAGUUCCUUAAAUGUUCAUAAGGAGAGAAAUAAACCUUGAUGGAAAGUAUGUGUUACGGAAUAGUAUUCUGUUUUUCCUACCCUGUAGUGAUCACAGAAUCCUCAUCAUUGCAGAUUUUGUGUUUUCAUAUUGUGUUUGCUACUGAGUAUCUUCAGCCUUUGAAAACUUUUCCAGAUGCACUUUGUGAUUCAUUAAAGGCUACUCCUUUUUUAAUUACGGUAUAGAAUAGUUAAUCUAGCAUAAACACAAAAUAUUCAUUUACUGUGUCAAGGAUUGUCCGUGUAACUUUUUUUUUUUGUAAAUCUUGUUUUCACCCUUAUUUCAUGUGUUAUGUAUUGAUCAUACUGAAUAAUUAGAGACAGCUGCCUCUUCUUGUCAAACUGUGGUAUUUACCAACAAAUGAAAUGGGCCUUCUGUAAUCUGGACAGCGUUAUUUUUAUCAAGGUUUAAAAAAAAUGAUUUAAUAAAAAGAGGUACCUUUUUAUAUACUUCAGAAUGAGUCAACCAACAAUAAUGUAGUGAACAGUUUAAUUUCUCUCCUAAAAGAUAAGCAUGCUUAUGCACUUGGGCACAGGCAGGCUUGUAUCAUACAGUUGUAAUAAAUGAUGUAUUCCUAGGUACAUCUUGUAGUUAAACAAUUCAUUGUUUUAAGUCUGUACAGGUAAACUAUAUUACACAUUUUCUGAAUGCUUUGAAUAAAUUUGUUACAGCUAGUUCUUCUCCACUGUCACUGGAAAUUGUUUCUGCAUUUCAUUCCACUUUUGUGUACAUAAUUUUUUGUGGUUCAGUUUUUGUGUAUGCAUCAGAAUGUCCCAAUUACUAUAUUGUUGCUAUAUAAUAACUACUGUAAAUGUCUUGAAACCUGAAGAAGUGUAAAUUCUAUUUUGGCUGUAUUUUUAAAAAUAAAUUGUAACUUUUAUCAUAGAAUGCUGUUAUCUCUUUAAUCUUCUUUUCAAUUAAAGCUCACAUGAACUAGGUUUUUUAUGUACAUAGAUGCACUGUUAUCUACUAUCCUUAUUUUUUUAACAUUUUACAGCAUUGUGAUAGAGUGAAUUAAGUAUUAUUUUGGCUCAGAUGCAUUCACUUUGCUAUUUUUAGUUAAGCUUUCCAGCCAUUGUGUAUCACUGGUACUUUAAUAUCUGUGCUUUAAUUAGUUUUUCUCUUGGUCCAUGUAUGUACAAAAAUUCAGGAAUUUAUUUUUAAAAUUUGAAAAUUACUACUGCAUGUUCAGUAUAGCAGAAUUGAGUAACUUUGUUUACUGUACCAACAUACUUUGGUAGUACUAAAAAAAUUGCAACAGAUAAACCUUUUUUGUCAGGAGAUAUAUCUGGCUUUCAAGAAGUUCAAUUCAGAUGAUUAAAAGACUGCUAGAUGAGGAUGAGUAGAUUGCAGAGGUGUUGCAACUUGUCUUCUAGUGAGCUAUUGUCUCUUGCCUUGUAAAGACCUGUCAUGUUCAAACCGUAUGGGCUUCUCAGAAGCAUCUGAUGGGCCCCUGUGAGAAACAGGGUGCUCUUCCCUCAAACCACGGAAGCAGAGGAUAGCCUUCAGCACGAUGAAUUUGUCUAAUUCUCUUAAUCCUCCCACAAUAAGUUAGACACCAUCCCUACUGAGUUUCAGAUGGCUGGUCAAAACUCCCUUAUUUUAGGGGGCCUUUGCACCCUGAAUACUUCUCAUGUUUUCCUUUCGUUUGUUUGUUAAUUUGAGAAUUUAAAUUUUUGGGGUUUCAAUUUCUAAAGGUUUAAUUUAUGUUUUUGCAUUCUGAAGGAAAUCAGCCCUGAGUGCUCACUGGAAGGACAGAUCCUGAAGCUGAGGCUCCAAUACUUUGGCCACCUCAUGAGAAGACUCCUUGGAAAAGACCCUGAUGUUGGGAAAGAUGGAGGGCACUAGGAGAAGGGGACGACAGAGGGCAAGAUGGUUGGAUGCUGUUCUCGAGGCUACGAACAUGGGUUUGGCCGGGCUGCAGGAGGUGGUGGAGGACAGGAGUGCCUGGCGUGCUAUGGUCCAUGGGGUCACGAAGAGUCAGACACGACUGAACAACUAAACAACAACAACAACAAUUUAUGUUUUAAAAUUUCUGUGAUGUCUAUUUUAUUGUUGUAAACUGCUUUGAAACCUAAAUGGUGAAAAGUGGGAUAUAAUUUUUAAAAAUAAAGCAAGCCAUCCAGGUUGGUCACCAUCAAUGCUUCCUGUGGGGAGUGCAUUCCGUACUUUAUGUGCUGGGCAAAGUACUUUAUUUUAUCAGUCCUGACUGUUCUAUGUUGAAUGUUAGUGAGUUCUUUACACACUCCUCUCAUGUCACUUAAAGAGCAGGUCUUCCACCCUCCAAUGACAUGAGAGUCCCAUGAAUUUGUCUUAGGCUUCCUUGUACCCCUUCAGCAUGUCUGUGUAGCAUCUCCCCACCACCACUUGCAACAAUCUCAACCCCUUUUCUCUUCUGUUAGGCCAUCUGUUGACACUCUAACAGAAAUAAAAUGUUGAGUAUCCUUAAUGUAGGAUGGAUGUUCCAUUGCAUCUGUUGA